GUGGAUAUUAGUGCUGACACAAUUGCUUUGCUGCUGGGGCCACACCCCAAGGAAAAUCCUCCUCGUGACUAAUUGCAGCUCAAUUGGACUUUCAGUUAACCAUCCCAUAGUCGCACAUCAAUAUAAAUAGCGCAUUUGACUGCGUCGAGGGUUUAAUACUGUUUUUGCUCAGGAAGUCGCAUCACAUUCAAAUCCUUAAAGAUGAGCUGGAGUUUGAAAAGAAGCUGCAUUCCGCGGACUUGCGCAUGGUCCAAAGCCAGCACGAGUCUCGCAUGGUGGAGUUAGAAGCCGGCCAAAAAGUGAAAGAUCUGGAGGAGGCUCUGUCUACAGAGAGGGAGCGGACCCAGAACAAGGAGGAGAGGUCUUUUUACAGCUUUAGAACAUACCACAACGUUUGCUCUCAUAGCAAUUAAUGUCUCCACGUUUGUCCCCAGGGUACGCCAAACCAUGUCGGCCAGCAAAAAGAGGAAACGUCCGAAGGACAGCGAGGGUUUGAGCUCGGGCGGAUGCAAUGUGCCUCGUCCUAAAAUCGCCCAGCAGGUCACUGUGGAUGAGCAGCAGGUCACUCUGGAUGAGGUGGACUCGUACGGCAAAUAUGUCAGACUCCGCAAUACAGUUGAUGAGGAUCAGAAUUUGGGGAACUGGCAGGUGAAGCUCCAGAUUGGAUCUUCUGCUCCCAUUGUAUUCAAGUUUGCCGCAGAAUUCAUCCUGAAGGCCCACGAGAGUGUCACGAUCUGGGCGGCUGACGCUGGCCGAAACCACAAUCCUCCCUCUGAUCUAGUCUGGGAGACACAGUCCAACUGGGGACCCGUAGGCCAGGUCCACUUUACCUUGAUCAACGCCAACGGAGAGGAAAUAAGGAUGAGCAAAGCCACUGGCGCACGUUUGGAAGAUGAUGAUGGAAAUUCCACUUCCACCAUGGGAUAGAGGAAAUGUAAUUUCGGUUUCUUGUGUGUCUUGACAUAUGAAGGGAUUGACAAUAAAGCAGACUUUGACUUUUGACAUGGUCACAUUAUAAAAAUAUUGUAUAAAUUACAAUUAAAUGGGCUUUUUUUAAAUAAAAUCUGCUCCGACCUGUUGUGAAAUUUAAUUGAAAUAAUUGAAAUAAAGUUGUUGUUCUUUAAAAAUGA